AUGGGCCCCGUCGAAGCCCUGUCAAGGGCGCCUCGACGGGUUGCAUCACCACGCUGGGUAGUUCUAACCCUUCUCCCCCUCAUUCCCCCCAUUCUUCCCCUCAUUUCCCAGCCUGCUCCUCCUCAUUUCCCCUCCUGCUCCUUCUCACUUCCCCCACUGCUCCCCCUCAUUUCCCCUCCUGCUCCUUCUCACUUCCCCCACUGCUCCCCUUCAUUUCCCCUCCUCCUCCCUCUCAUUUCCCCCCUUACUCCUCUCAUCUCCCCCCCUCCUCCCUCUCAUUUCCCCCCUUGCUCCUCUCAUCUCUCCCCCUCCUCCUUCUCAUUUCCCCCCUUGCUCCUCUCAUCUCUCCCCCUCCUCCCUCUCAUUUCCCCCCUUGCUCCUCUCAUCUCUCCCCCUCCUCCCUCUCAUUUCCCCCCUUGCUCCUCUCAUCUCUCCCCCUCUCCCUCUCAUUUCCCCCCUUGCUCCUCUCAUCUCUCCCCCUCCUCCCUCUCAUUUCCCCCCUUGCUCCUCUCAUCUCUCCCCCUCCUCCCUCUCAUUUCCCCCCUUGCUCCUCUCAUCUCUCCCCCUCCUCCCUCUCAUUUCCCCCCUUGCUCCUCUCAUCUCUCCCCCUCCUCCCUCUCAUUUCCCCCCUUGCUCCUCUCAUCUCUCCCCCUCCUCCCUCUCAUUUCCCCCCUUGCUCCUCUCAUCUCUCCCCCUCCUCCCUCUCAUUUCCCUUCCAUUCUCCCUUCCACGCUCUCCCAUCGCCAUGCCUUAAUUUCUCAUCCCCCCUCCUUCCAGGGUCAUCUCACCUCCCAUGAGAUCCCACUCGCUCCUUCAGUCCCUGCCCAUACUGCCGCCGCUGCUGCCUUUGCCGGAGCUGCCUCUGCUGCCACACCCAGUGUUCCUUCCUUUGAACAGCGGCAGGUGCAUGGGCAGCAACAGCAGAACCAAGAGCGAGUGAGCCCUGCUGCGGUCUCACAGCCGAGCGCGCUCAUGAGUGCGCAAGCCGCAGGAGAUGCAGCAUGCGGGUCUCUCACGAUGGGUGCACACUAUCGAAGCAGCCAUGUCAGCAGUGGACUGGGGAGCGAGCAGGGUGUGAGGCUCGAUGAGGAAGCGAGGCGGAGGGAGAGGGAGAAGGAGGAGGUAGCGAGGCUGUUGCGGCAGAUGGUGCGUGCAAGCGAGCUCGACUCAUCUCAAGUUUUGUCCCAUCGUUCACGCCUCUCAGGUACUGUGCGCGUCCCAUCGCAUGCCUUGGGACUUGCCUAG